AUGCUCAACUUUUCAUCCUCUUCUGUUUGGAGUGCGAGCUCCUCUCUGCUGCUGCUUUGUGAAGAAUCCGCGGGGACCAGAAUCUCCUUGUCUCUCAUCUAUUCGCUGUUAGCCCUCAUGGGGACCUUAUCCAAUGUGAUGGUCAUUUACCUGGUCUUCUCCUUCAAGAAGCUACAGACCACCAGCAAUGCCUUCAUUGUGAACGGCUGCGUAGCUGACCUGAGUGUCUGUGCCCUCUGGAUGCCGCAGGAAGCAGUGCUGGGGCUGUUGCCACCUAGCUCCUCUUCUGUUCAUUCAGCAGAAUACAGGCUGUUGCGGGGUGGGCUCCUUGGCCUUGGCCUCACUGUCUCUUUGCUCUCCCACCUGCUGGUGGCCCUCAACCGUUAUGUGCUGAUCACCAAGGCACCCAGCACUUACCAGGCACUCUACCAGCAGAGGCGCACAGGGUGGAUGAUCGGACUUUCCUGGGGAUUUGCUCUGUUCUUGGUGCUGCUGCUGCCUGGGCUCUGGACACAAUGGCUCUCACAGCAGUCAUCCCAGCGGGAGAUCAGCAGUGCCAGCUGCAGUUCACACUACACUGCCCUGCUGGUAGCACUGGCCUUGCUCAGCCAGACCGUGCUGCUGCUCCAUUGCUACCUGGGCAUCAUGAGACAGGUGCGGGUCAGCGUCAAACGGAUCAGCGUCCUUAACUUCCACCUCUUGCAUCAGUUGCCCUUCCCUGCUGCCCCACCGCCUGCCCGCCGGAUUCAGCGGCGCCUCAGCAGUGUCUCCGUGCUGAUCCUGUGCUGUGUCUUCCUCCUGGACACCCAGCCUGUGGUAUGGGUGAGCCUGCUGGGCUUCUUCCUUCAGUCCAUACCCCGGGCACUGCAGGUGACCAGCUGGCUGCUCUUCUGCUCCCUAUCUGCAUUCAACCCAUUGCUCUAUACCUGGAAGAAUGAGGAAUUCAGGCGCUCUAUGCGCUCAGUGCUGCCCAGAGGAGAGACCCCAACUGUAACUGUGGCUGCAGCAGCUGCUGCCCUCCCCACAGUGUCACUGCCUUGCCAGAAGCAGCCGCGGCUGGGUACCAAAGUUGAGAGCCUGGGGAACCUAGUGCUUCAAUGAUCUGCUUGGGGAAUGCAUUCCCUUCCCUUUAGAGGUAGCAUCUGACACAUUUGGGAUGAGUGUGAGCGGAGAUGACUCACAGAACUGC